ACUGCACGAUAUUUACAUUUACAUCCAUUAAAUUUUGUUUUUCUUGAAAUUUAAUUUCAUACAUUGGCAGUGGCGUUAACCCGUUCCAACGGGGCGGCCAAAUAAUUCUUCCCUCUUCACGGAAGGAAGUAACUUAAUAUUUAAAAAAAAAAAAAAAAAAGAAAAAUCUAGCAAAUUUGGUAACGCACCUAGCAAAUAAAAGAAAACUAGCAACAAUGGAGUCGAAACGCGAGAGAAAGUCUUCCCUUGCCCCACUUUCGCCAUGUCCCAUUCCGGAUAUUACCGAUGACGACUUGGUGAGCAUUUCGGUAAGGGAUCUCAACCGGACCCUCAAGAUGCGCGGUCUUAAUCGCGAGGAGAUCGUCCGGAUGAAGCAGCGACGACGCACCCUAAAGAAUCGUGGAUACGCCGCCAGCUGUCGCAUCAAGCGGAUCGAGCAGAAGGACGAACUGGAGACCAAGAAGUCGUACGAGUGGACGGAGCUGGAGCAGAUGCACGAGGACAAUGAGCAGGUGCGGCGCGAGGUGGGCAACUGGAAGAACAAGUACAAGGCGUUGCUGCAGUUCGCCAUCCAGAACGAGAUUCCCAUUCCAAGCGAACUGGAGGGCUGCUAGUGCCGAAUCGUCCCCCCAGUCACAUUCCUGUUUUUGUCAAAAUUUCAAUAAACCCCAAAUGAAAACACCUGUAACUAAAGUACAAUAGCUCGCAACAUCACCCACUCUGUAAUAAACAUAAUCUUUGCGAGCAA